AUGCUGAAUUUAGGUAUAUCAGCUGAAGAGAUACUAGAACUAUUCAAUGACUCAAAUACAAAUGAUAAUAUUAAAUUAGAUUAUAUCAAUAAAUUAAAAACUCAUAUCAAAAAAGAUUCAAUUGACACUAAACAAGUGGAUAUAUUCUUAGAGAUAAUUAUCAAAGGUUUAGAUAUUCAUAAUUUAAAUAUCCUGUCAAUAAGUUUUAACUCAUUAUCUUAUUUAAUCAAACGUAUAAGUGUACAAGAUAAAUCUGGUAAAAUAUUAAGAAAUCAAAGUUUGCUAAUAUUACCAAUUUUAAUAAAUAAAUUAUACAUAAACUCAUCCAAAAAAGCAUUGGAAGAUUAUUGGUUAAGUGCCCCACAUGAAGUUGAAGAUGCAUUACUGGAAAUUUCCUUUAAUAAUAAUAAUGUUAAUAUCACCAUAGAAUCAGUUAAAUGGUUAAAUCAGGUGUUUACUAAAAUAAGUAAGAAAUUUAAUGUGUCAAUAUUUAUUCCACAUAUUUUACGGUCAACCAACUUUCAUUCUGGUAAUAAGGAUUUAGUUCAAGUUGUAAAAGUAUUAUUCAAAAAUUAUUAUACAAGUUUUCCCGAGGCCAUAUCAAAUUUACAGACUGAAAUGGAUUUGAAUGAUGUACUAGUAGAUAUUCAAAAAGAUUUAUUAGCUACUAUAAGACCAGCAAAAAACUUACCUAAGAAAAAGCCCGGGGUGAUAAAAUUAGAAGAAAAUGGAGUUUAUGAUGAUUAUAAUACUGAUUUACAAGAUUUAUUAACUAAAGUUCAUUGUACUUUAUCUACUGAGCUUAAACCUUUGGAUGUUCGAGGAGUAGAUGAUUUAUAUAAUAUGUUUGACUCAUUUUCACCAUGUUUUGAAAGUAAAGAAACUGAAAUUAAUUGGAAAAUAAGAGAGAAAAAUAUCGUCAAGAUACGAAAUAUAAUACGAGGUAAUGCAAUGGAUUCAUAUAGAUCAGAUUUAAUAAGUUGUUUGAAGAAUUUAGCUCACGGUUUAUCAAAAGGUGCUCAAUCAUUACGUACUACUUUAUGUGGUCAUAGUUGUCAACUAUUAAAAGAAUGUGCCAUGAUUUUAAAACAUGAAUUUGAACCCGUUGCUGAAAUUUUAUUUCCAAAUUUAAUAAGAUUAUGUUCAUCAACCAAAAAUAUAACUUCGACAAAUGCAAAUAUGACAGUUUGUGCAUUAUAUGCAAAUUUACCAUAUAAUCAAAAAUUAAUACAAAAAAUAUUAUCAGCAUUGGAAGAGAAAAAUCCACAACCUAGAUCAUAUACUGGUAUUUGGUUACAAAUUAUAAUAUUAAGAUAUGGUAUAGAUUCCAGUUUUCUAGGUUCUCAUGAAUCAUUUGUUGUCGAAUCAAGUAAUAAAGUAUUAAGCAAAUUAUUAAAAGAUGCAAAUCCCAAAGCAAGACAAAUUGCCAAAGAUUGUUAUUUCUGUUAUUCAAAAAUAUUCCCAACAGAAGUUGAUAAAUUGAUGAAAAGAUUAGAUUCAAAUACCAUUAAAGCGUUAGAAAGAUCUCAAAAAACAUCAGCACAAACUACAAGACCAUCAUCUCAACAUAAGUCAUCACGUACAUCAAUCAAAGAAGCAAUAUUGGAAAAGAAUAAAGAGCUUAGAGAAAAACAACAUAGACCUCCAUCAAGAUCAACUACUGACAGAUCACAUUCAAUACCACUCCCAAAAGUAUCAAGACCGUUAAAUCCCAAACCAAUAACUAGACAUGAAAGAUUUAGUAAACCUACGACUAGAGCAUCAAGUUGGACAUCACAACUAUCAUCACCAAUUAAACCACCUAUAGCAAAAAGAGUAAGUAGUUCAAUUGAUUUGAAACAAUCACCAUUUCUUGAAUCAAAACCAACAUCAUCAAAAUCAUCACCAAAUAAACGAGUUUCAAAUUCAUCAUUUGAUUCUCAUCGUGAUCCAAUAAUUGAAUUUCUUUCUUCAAAUGAUCAAUCAAUUAUAUCUGAAGGCGUAGGAUUAUUAAAAUAUUCAAUAAUUGGGAAAGUAACAUUACCUGAAGAAACAAAAGAGGUAUUACAAAAAUUAUCAAAUCUACAUCCACAAUUACUAAAACCUAUAUUCGCUUCAGGUGAUUCUGUAUUCAAAAAAUCAUCAGCAUUAUUUGAUCCAAAUGAUUUUAUACGAAUUUGUUCGUUCAUUUUUCCAAAUCCAGAUGAGAAAACACUUGAAUUAAUAACUUCAUGUAUUGAAAUACCUCAAUUUUAUCAAUCUUCAAUUUAUUUAUUAACUUGCAUUAUUGAUGCUCCGAGAAUUUUAGGAUCUCAAGAAUUUAUGACUCAAAUGACAAAUCAUAAAUUUGAAAUGACAUCGUUUAUAUUAACAGCAUUACUGAUUUCAUUGAAUAAAUUAUCUAUUGAAGUUGUUCAAUUUGCUGCAUUAUUGAAUGAAUUAAUUAGAUCAAUAAAGAUACUUAAAGCUUCAAGUUGUUAUGGUUUAUUAUCACAAUUAUUUUGUCAGUUAUAUUCAAUCGAUAGUGAAAAUUUCAUGGACAUUUCACAAGCUACUGAAGAAACUUUAAAAGAGGAAAUUGAAAGUAUAGUUGGAAUAGAUACUACAAUGCAAAUAAAAAGACCAUUGAGUAAAUCGUUAUUUGAUUUAACAGAAGUUAUACCAAGUAGGGGACAAUUAAAAUCAAGUCCAAAGAAAAUAAGUCCUAAAAAAUUUGAUGAUUUUACAAUGAUCAUGCCUAGGAAAGAUACAUUUAUGAAUAAUGAAGUAAGUCAACGUCCAUUAAAAUUAGUUAAAGCUGCACCAAUAAUUGAACAACCAAAAAGUGAGGAUUUACAUUUUAUUGAAAAACUGGAUCCAUUAAGAUUAAUUUCAAAUAAAGUACAAAAGAUAUCAAUUUAUGAAGAUGAAAAACAGGAAUCAAAACCUAAGAAAGAUAAGAAUUGGGCAAAUUUCCAUUUUGCGAAAGUAUUGGAUAAUCAAUCUGAAUUGAAUUUAAAUUUCAAUAUUAAUGUAUUUGAAAUGGAAUGUAAGAAAUUAAUAACUAAACCAAAAGAUGAUUUAAUAAUAAGGAAUUUAAUACUAUCUAUUGAAUCAUUAUCAUCUGCACCAUUUGAAUUUAGAGAAUAUUUCUUAUCAAAGGGUAAAUUAUUACUUGAAGAUUCUUUAUGGGAAUAUUUUACAAGAUUGAAUUCAUUAAAUUAUCAACAAGUAGCAAAUGGAUUAUAUUUAUUAACUCAAUUACUUAAAUUUAAUUCUGAAGCUAUAAAUGUAACUAAAGUUUGGAUGUUACUUAAAGAAACAUGUAUAAAUGAAAGAUUAGAUUCCGAAAUUUAUUUCAUAUGGCAUGAGAUACUAUUAGGAUUUAAAGUAAAUUUUGAAUUACAAGAAAUAAUGUUAAAUUAUCUUGAACAAUCACAUUUAAAUACUACUAUACUGAAUCUAACCAUGGAAUACGUCUCCAAAUGUUUAUAUCAAGAGAAUAAAUUAGAUACUAAGAAGAUUUAUCGGAUAGAUGAAAUACUUUCCAGAUUAUUCAAUAAUAAAGAAGUAGCAAUAAGGAAAACCGCAACCAUUUGUUAUAGUAACCUAGUUAAAAACACAACAUUAUCAACAGAAUCAAAAGAGGUUUUAAAUAAAGUAAAAUCAAAAUAUCCAUUAGCGCAACAACGAUUGAUUGAAUUUUAUAGCCAUAGAUAA